ACCUCAUGUAUAUAAUGAUAAUUUGCAACACUUUAAUAUUUCUCCUUCUUCAAAUAUUCUGAACUGUACUCAUGUUGAAAGUGAUCAUGAUGAAGCUGAUUCAGACAUAAAAAGAAGUUCCAAAAGUCAAGGUAUGCAUAGUUCAGAUGAAGCAGAAUCCUUAACUGCUAGAAUAGUCUGA